AUUUAACUAAUUAUAAAUGAGAGAUGACUCGGGUUGACCCGGGCGGUGUCGGUGUAAAACAAAACCCCGAAUAAACCGAAAUUUCUAAAUCUAACCGAACCGGGUCCGGGUCCGGGUCUAUUUGAGUUGUAGACCAAAAAAAAAGAACAUUAGAAUUGAGCGAGAGUUGUUGAUCGAGAAUGGAGAUGGAGAAAACGACGAAGGAGAUGGAGAAGUUGUGCCAGAGGUGCAAGGGAAGCUACAGAGACUCCUCGAACAACGCUUCCUCUUGCCGUUUUCAUCCUUCCUUCUUCGUUUGUCGUCGCCACGAUGACCAGAAAAGGUACUAUGAAUUGGGACCAGAAGAUCCACCAUAUGCAGCCAAGUUCUACGAUUGCUGCGGUGCAGAGGAUCCUAAUGCACCUGGAUGUGUCACCAGCCCUCACAUUUCAUAUGACGACUGAACUUUUUCAUUAUGCCUGUGCUUUAAAUUUCUAUAAACAUUAUGUAAAUAAUCUCAUGUACCAUAGUGUUCACUGUUCACCUCGUGGAAUGAAAUAAUUGGCUUGUGAUAUAUGCGUGGUUACUGUCUUUGGACCACCUUCAGGGUUGUACACAGCCCGAGUGAAUUGUUUAGCUUGAAGCUUGCUUCGAUGAGUUUUGUUGUGUGUCAGAGUACUUUUGAUCUUCACAAUGAUUGAAACAGUUUCUUU